UUGUACUCCAGUGUAGGUACGUGGCUCUGUCGAGUGGAAUUGGAACCUUUGUUCUCGUGUACAUAGUUGAACUAUUUUUAUUUUCUUUGCUACAUGUUCAAGCGCAUGUUAUAAUGCCAAUAGACUAUACCGGAACAGAAAUGAUUUACUUAAUAGUCGUUCGUUAUAUGUGUUGGGUCAUGAAGAUCUUCACUCUAAUCAUAAUACUGAGCACUAAAUGUGAAUGUUUGGACACGAACAUCAGGAAUGCCAACACAACAACAUUGAUAGUGUUAAAGUGUAACAAAGAUUUGGCAGUGUCGAGAUUCUGUAAGAACGUGUUGCGUGUGAGUGGAUGCGAAUACGACGCUUGGAGUGCAUGUGGUCUGUUCACGGUGGACGCCAGGCUGCCGCUGCGAGUGAUCGGCGUCGUCGCCACCUACACCGUCGUGCUGCUGCAGUUUGCACUGUUAUAAAAAAAUCUAGACGUGAAAAUAGCGAGCCA